AUGAAGAUCUCACUCUUGAAAUUUUUAAUUCUCUAUUUUUCCUUCACCAUAGAACUCUUCAUUGGUAUUGCUGUAGCAGCUCCUGAACCAGUACUUGACACCUCAGGCCAGAAACUGAGAACAGAUGUCAAGUACUACAUUCUGCCAGUCUUGAGAGGCAAAGGUGGUGGCCUAACAGUUUCAAGUAGUGGCAACAACACAUGCCCCCUUUUUGUGGUGCAAGAGAAGCUUGAAGUCUUGAAGGGCACCCCAGUUACUUUCACACCCUACAAUGCCAAAAGUGGUGUCAUCCUAACCUCAACUGAUCUCAACAUCAAGUCCUAUGGGACAAACAUCACCUGUGACAAACCGCCAGUGUGGAAGCUCCUCAAGGUGUUAACUGGGGUGUGGUUUUUGGGCACUGGUGGUGUUGAAGGCAAUCCAGGGAUUGACACCAUUGUCAAUUGGUUCAAGAUUGAGAAGGCUGAGAAAGACUAUGUAAUUUCUUUCUGUCCCUCAGUGUGCAAUUGCCAGACUUUGUGCAGGGAACUUGGGUUAUAUGUUGGUGAUGAUGGAAACAAGCAUUUGUCUCUGAGUGAUAAGGUUCCAUCCUUCAGGGUUAUGUUCAAGAGGGCACCAAACUAA